AUGGCAUCGACUACAGCUCUUACUUCUUUGGCCGAAAUUGAGGAAUCUCUUCGUCAAAUAUCGAUAUCGGAUUUCACUGAGCUUAAAUCUUAUGCUAAGCCACCAUUGGCUUAUCUCGCUAUAUUCGAGGGUAUUGGUGUUUUACUUGAUCCAUCGAAAAAAGCAUGGGAAUGGACAGACGAUAAAAAACUAAUGUCAGGAAAUAAAAAUGACUUUUUACAACGUUUAUUCAACUUUGACAAGGAUAAUAUCAAUAAUGAGCAAAUAGAAAGACUUAAAUCAAUUUUGGCUCGAAAUGAUUGUCAACCGGCUCAUUUAGCUAGCAUAUCGACAUUAUGUUCUAAAUUAGGCUUAUGGCUGCAAGCAAUCUUAGAAUAUGCAACACAACGACAACAAUCUAGUUAG